AUGUUCUCCGGGCUUGUACCAGGACCAGUGCGAUACGCGCCACAAACUCCUUUUCUCCCGGAGUUUUACGACGCUGCGGCCGGUGUCUGCGUUGUUCCCCGCACACUGUCGUAUCAUUCCGCGCUCUCCUCGGUUCACCGCGGCCUCUCGUGUCGCCACACCCGCUCUACCGGAGAGUUCACGUGUCGCACUGUUACCGCGGCGCGGCCUCGUCUGGACCCGGGUCCGUCCGGCUCAGCUCGGGUCACCGACACCGCGGUGCCUCCAGGGAUUCGGCCAUUUCCCUCACGUGCUCAUGUAAACAAGCCGAUGCCGGUCUCAAUGCGCAUGCACUCCGCCCACAUUAGACACGCCUCCAUUUGGUCCCAGUCCGGCUCUAGACUCUGGACCCGCCUCAGACCCGGGUCCCUGGUCGGUCUCGGGUCCCUGGUCCGGGCUCAGUCGUCUCAGUCCGGGGGAUCGGGUAUGAAUGUGUUUGACCGGAAGAUGAAGCGGCGUCAGCGGGAGUGGGCGGCGGCUCAGAGCGACGCCGCGCUCUUCGACUACGUCCGGGAGGAGGUGGGCAGUCGAGUGGCGGACCGGGUCUACGACAUCGCGAGGUCUUUCCCUUUGGCUCUGGACCUGGGCUGUGGGCGGAGCUUCAUCGCAGAUCACCUGACCACAGACGUGGUGGAAAAACUGUAUCUUACAGACACCUCCCCCAACUGUCUGAGGCGUCUCAGACCCAGUGAAAUCUCGUCUCGUCGUGUUUUGGCCGAUGAAGACUUUCUGCCGUUUAAAGACGACACGUUCGACCUGGUCCUGAGCAGCAUGAGUUUGCACUGGGUGAACGACCUGCCCGGAGCUCUCAGAGAGGUGUGGCGCGUGCUGAAGCGGGACGGCGUGCUGGUGGCGGCGCUCCCUGGUGGUGAUUCUCUGUAUGAGUUGCGUUGUUCUCUUCAGUUGGCGCAGUCGGAGCGAGAGGGCGGAGUCUCGCCGCACGUCUCGCCCUUCACCGCCGUCACCGACCUCGGCAACCUGCUCGGGCGCGCCGGGUUCACCCUGCUCACCGUGGAUACAGAUGAGCUGCAGGUGCAUUACCCUGGACUCAUGGAGCUUUUAACCGACUUACAAGGGAUGGGGGAGAGUAAUUGUGCCUGGAACAGAAGAUCACUUCUGCAUCGAGACACGAUCCUCGCAACCGCCGCGGUCUAUAGAGAGAUGUACGGAAACCCAGAUGGAUCUAUUCCUGCGACCUUUGACCUCCUGUACAUGAUCGGCUGGAAACCCCACGACUCUCAGGCCAAACCUGCCAAACGUGGAUCUGCCACUGUGUCUUUUGGAGACUUGUCCAAGAUCUCGACCCCUGAGACCAGCUGAGACCAGGACCAGGACCGGGAUCUGGACUCAACCAGGACCAGGACCGGGAUCUGGACUCAACCAGGACCAGGAUCCGGACCGGGAUCUGGACAGAAGCAGGACCAGGACUGGUCCUGGAUCUGGACUAAACUCGUAGAUUGUGUUUGUGUAAAAUGUGACUUGUUGAAUUUUUUUAUGGUGAAUUAAAUAAACUCCAAACAGAA